AUGAAUGUUAAAAUCCUAUCCAAAAAAUUGAUAACUCCAGCAUCUCCAACUCCUCCCCACCUUCGAAACAACAAAGUAUCAUGGAUAAGUAAGUUUCAGUCACCACUCUUACAUUUACCUAACAUUUUCUACUACCCAUCUAUUACUGAUGAAGACAACAUAGAAAGAAGUAAGCAAUUGCAAAAAUCAUUGUCAGAGACCUUAACCAUCUUUUACCCCUUUGCUGGAAGAUACAUUGAUGACAAUCUCAUACUUGAUUGUAAUGACGAGGGAGUUGAAUAUGUGGAAACCCAAGUGAGUGGCUGCCUCUCACAACUUCUUGAAGGAGGAGAGCUUGAGACCCAGUUGCGGAAUCAUUUGGCUCCAAUUCCACUUCAACCUGAAAACAGUCCUAUAGUACUAGUUCAAUUCAACAUGUUUGAAUGUGGUGGGGUGGCCAUUGGUAUAUGUAUCAAGCACAGGACGGCUGAUGCAUAUACAGUAUUUGCGUUCAUUAAUGCUUGGGCUACCGCAGCUAGAUUAGGGUUUGAUAAAGUAGCUCCACCAAGUUUCCAAUUUCCUUCCAUUUUCUCGUCAAGAGAUAUACCUACUUUUAUUCCAAAAGAUAAUGGAGAUAAAAAGGUGGAGAUUCAGAAGAGGUUUGUGUUUAAUGGUGCGGCCUUAUCGAAACUGAAGGCUGUAGCUAGUGCCGAUAUUAAUACAUCGCGCCAGCCGACUCGAGUGGAGGUCGUGACAGCACUUUUGUGGAACACUCUUACGGUGGUGGGUCGAGCGAAACAUGAUCGGUUUAGGCCUUCCCUCUUGUCGCUUACAUUUAACUUGCGAGGGAAGAUAGCAAUGCCUAUACCAGACAAUUAUUAUGGGAACCUUACAAGUCCAGCACUUGCGCGUUUUACACCAGAUGAUCAUGAUGAGAACAAAAUAGAAUUUCAUCACUUUGUAGAUCGAGUUCACAAUGGAAUAAGGAAGCAGGUAACAGAUUGUGCAAAGAUUUCAAGUGAAGAUGACUUGUUUUCGAAGGUGAUUAACGUCAAGAGUGAGAUGAUAGAAGCAUUUAACAGCAGCGAUGCAGAUUUAUAUAUGUUCACUAGCUGGUGUCGGAUGCCAAUAUAUGAAGUAGAUUUUGGUUGGGGAAAGCCUGGUUGGUUUAGUGCAGUGGCGGUCCCUGGUCAUAAUAUGUUUCAUCUCAUUGACACUGAAGAUGGUGAUGGAAUCGAGGCAUGGGUGAGCUUGGAAGAAGAUAUUAUGCUGCUUUUUCAAGAAAAUUCUGACAUUAAGGCUUUCACUGGCCAAGAAUCACUACUCAUAAUCAAGGUUCAUAAUAGAUGGAAACCUAAAAACCUAGUCUCAUGUCUCAACCGUCGCAUGGCUGCACGGCCAUAA